AUGCCUCAUGCUAGUGAUAUCCAUGGUAAAUAUAUUCCACAUCAUACAAAUAAAAUAUAUGUCGAUGAUCGACCAUUUCAUAAUACCUAUAAUACUUCGAGUUCAGAUGAGUUAAUAACAUCACGUUCAAGCGCAUCACCAGAAAAAUUCGAAAAUGAUAUUGAUCAACUAGAAGACGUAUCUAUUAAAGAACAUACUGUUCAUUCUUCAGCACAAGGAUUUUGGACAACAAAAAAAUUAAUAAUUCUUAUCUGUUGCCUCGUUCUUCUUGCUAUUUGCAUUGCUGUAGCUGUGGUUCUCGUUUUUAUGCUAAGAAAAACCGAUACUACUAGUAGUUUAGAUACGACAGAUACAACGGCAACAACUACUACUGCUACAACACAGACUACAACAACUGCCACCACAACUACUAGUACAACUUCAACCACAUCACCACCAAAUCCAUGUAGUUCGGGUGCCUUACGUUGGAAUACAACAGCUACAACUGUACUUAGUUCAUCACAAAUAUUAUCACCUAGUGGUAUGUAUAUUGAUUCAAGUAAUACAUUGUUUGUAGUGGAUGAAACUCCUAAUGCUGUCGUAUGGAAACUAUUAUAUAAUGCUGCAAGUGCUACUAAUGUAGCUGGAGUAUAUCAAUCACCUAGUUCUACUUCAGAUCGAUUCAGUUAUCCUCAAGAUGUUUAUGUUGAUCCAAGUGGAAAUAUAUAUGUAACUGAUUAUUAUAAUUAUAGAGUACAAAAAUUUGCUAGUGGAUCAUCAACUGGAACAACUAUUGCUGGAAUAACUCUAUCAGGUGGAUCUGGAUUAUCACAAUUUAAUGGUCUUCGACAUAUGACUGGUGAUUCAAAUGGUACAUACAUAUAUGUUACUGAUUAUAAUAAUCAUCGUAUUAUGCGUUAUUCAACAAGUUCAACGUCAGGAACUAAUGGAGUUCUUAUGGCUGGUAAUAAUGGAGCUGGUAAUUCAAAUACAACAUUAUAUUAUCCAUGGGGUAUUCAUUAUUUGCCAUCUGUAAGUAAUGAUUUGUUUAUAACAAAUUAUUAUGGACAUACAGUGAUGCGUUGGACACCUGGUGCAUCAUCAGGCUAUUUUGUAGCUGGAGUGCCAGGUGUAUCAGGUCAAAGUCCUAUUUUACUCAAUUAUCCUAUGGGUGUUAAAAUUGAUACUUAUCUGAAUAUAUAUGUUGCUGAUACUAGUAAUAGUCGAAUACAAUUGUUUUGUGCUAACAGUCAAACUGGAAUUACUAUUGCAGGUACUGGUCAAUCUGGUAAUAGUGCUACACAAUUGAAUGCACCAGAAAGUGUUGCAUUCGAUUCAGCAAUGAAUCUUUAUGUUGCUGAUGCAGGAAAUUCUCGAGUUCAAAGAUUUGUCAAAUUUUAA